CCUGCUGCCGCCUUUGUCAGCGCAGCCCGGCGCUAUGGCAUCCUUGUGGGGUUUCAGGCUCGGGCUCUUCCUCCUCCUCCUCCUCCUCGCUGGGAAGCGGCUGCUGCAGCGGCAGAGCCAGCCGUGACGGCUGCGCUCCCCGGGCAAGGGGCAGGCGGAGCCCCCAGAAGUGGAGUGCAGUUUCCAGACUAAAGAACAAAAUACACUUAAGCCAUGGAGUCCAACCAGGAAUCCUCGCUCUUCCUGGUGAAGAUCUUGGAGGAGCUGGACACAAAGCAGAAUACUGUUUCUUACCAGGACCUCUGCAAGUCCCUGUGUGCGAGGUUUGAUUUAUCCCAGCUGGCCAAGCUCCGAAGCGUGUUGUUUUACACUGCUUGCCUGGAUCCUAAUUUCCCAGCAACUUUGUUCAAAGACAAAAUGAGAUGCACUGUAAACAAUCAGCAAUCAAAGAAAAUCAUGGUUGCAGCAGAUAUAGUAACAAUAUUCAACCUCAUACAAAUGAACGGGGGAGUGGCCAAGGAGAAACUUCCAGUUGCAAGGCAGAAAGUGAAGAAGAAAGAGUCCUUCGAGUCCUGUAGAUCUGACACAGAAAUCUGCAAUAUGGCAGACUGCGUGCCCAACUGUGACCUGAAUGACCAGGAGUUCCAUCAGGGCUUUCCAGUCAGAAGGUCUUCAAAAUGCAGAAAGAUGGACUGCAAAGACUGUCAACAGUUUGUCCCCUCAUCAGAACCCAACUUUUUACUGGGUGUUAAUAAGGAGAUGAAGGGCCGGGCUGCCUCUCUGGACAGGCUGCAGGCGCUAGCAUCCUACUCCAUUGCCACAUCCCCACCAUGCGAGAUGCAGAGUACCUACUUCCCCAUGAACAUUGAAAAUGAAUCUAUUUCAGACCAGGACUCCUUGCCUAUAAGUGCAGGCAUAAAAGAAACUUUCAUUUCAAAUGAUGAGCCAUUUGUGAUGCAGUCGUGUGUCCAGAAAAGAAAUAUAUUCAAAGAAGAUUUUCAUAAUCUGAUUACAAUAUCUCCCAACUUAAUACCAUCCAACAAAAGCCCCGAAGACGGACACAGAGAGCCUCAGAACAGGAAAGAAAGCUCUAAGCAGGCUUUCUUCAACCACAGCUUUGAAAUGCCAUACAGCAGUCAGUACUUGAAUCCAGUUUAUUCUCCUAUACCAGACAAAAGACGAGCGAAGCAUGAAAGUUUAGAUGAUCUUCAAGCUUCAACAUAUUUUGGCCCAACUACUAUUCUUGGACCCCAGGACACCAAAAAGUGGGCUGGAAAACCAACAAAGCAAACUGCCUGGCCAGCUAAAAGCUGGAGUUUAAAUACUGAGGAGGUACCUGACUUUGAACGAUCAUUUUUUAAUAGGAAACAGUCUGAAGAGAAGCCGCGAUACCAGAGUUCGAACAACCCCUCUCCAAACUUUCCUUCAGCUGACAGGCGUCAGUCCUACCUGAACAAGAAGGAUCAGCAACCAAUUAUGCAGGCAAACUACGCUGUGAAACCAAACGGGCAUAAAACCAAGGAAAUGCCUUCCAUUCUAGAUGUGGAGAAACAUGAGCCAGUCAAAAAGUUUAAGGAUAAAAGCAUUAACUGUACUUCUGUUCAGAUCUUAAGCCUUGACAGGACCACAAGUGUUGGAACUCAAACAGAACAGCAAGUUCUGGACCACAAGAAAUGCAAGGAUUUGUGUGCAGCGGGCCAAGCCAAGUAUGGAGAGCGGCAUUCUCUUAAGCAGUCGGAUGAUGACUCUGAAAUUGUGAGCGAUGACAUCAGUGAUAUUUUCCGGUUUUUGGAUGACAUGAGUAUCAGUGGGUCAACGGGAGUGAUGCAGUCCUCCUGCUACAACAGCACUGGUUCCUUGUCUCAGGUACAUAAAUCAGACUGUGAGAGCUCACCUGAGCACAAUCUGACUAAAAUCUCCAAUGGGAGUGCCUGUAACAAAUUGGAUAAAGUGGUCCGAGCAGAUAUCAGUAACACAGAUGAUGAACUAAAAACGAGUGUCUGCAAAUUAGUUUUGAGGAUUGGUGAAAUAGAGAAGAAACUGGAAUCUCUCUCAGGUGUUCGAGAAGAAAUCUCCCAAGUACUGGGAAAAUUAAGCAAGUUGGAUCAAAAAAUUCAACAGCCAGAGAAGGUCAGUGUACAAAUAGAUCUCAAUUCUUUGACAAGCGAAGCUGCGUCAGAUGAGAGUAACUCCCCGCAGAUAUUUCAGUGCCACAGUACUCCUCAUGGCGGUAAACUGGAUAAUAAUCCAGAAUGGUGCUGUUCAGAUGCCAGUGGAAGUAAUAGCGAGAGUCUUCGAGUAAAAGCCUUAAAAAAAAGUUUAUUUACUAGGAGGUCAUCAAGAUCAUUAACAGAGGAAAACAGUGCAACUGAAUCCAAAAUAGCAAGUAUUUCAAACUCUCCCCGAGACUGGAGAGCUAUUAGUUACACCAACCAAGUUGGCAUUACAGAAGAGGAGAUGAAAGAGAGAGAUGGAGGAGAAAAUAAGGAAUGGCACAGGAAAUCUAAAGAGGCAGACAGGCAGUAUGAAAUCCCACAGCCACAUAGACUCUCUAAACAACCAAAAGAUGCUUUCUUGAUUGAACAAGUCUUUAGUCCUCAUCCCUACCCUGCAUCACUCAAGUCACACAUGAAAAGCAACCCGCUUUACACAGACAUGAGGUUGACAGAGCUGGCUGAAGUGAAACGUGCCCAGCCGUCAUGGACCAUAGAGGAAUACACGAGGAAUUCAGGGGAUAAAGGCAAGAUUGCAGCGUUGGAUCUACAAACUCAAGAAUCUUUAAACCCAAACAACUUAGAAUACUGGAUGGAAGACAUUUAUACUCCGGGCUAUGAUUCCUUACUAAAACGCAAAGAAGCCGAGUUCAGAAGAGCAAAGGUUUGCAAGAUAGCUGCCCUGAUAGCAGCAGCAGCUUGUACGGUUAUUCUGGUCAUUGUAGUUCCCAUUUGUACGAUGAAAUCCUGAACCUGCGGACAGACCCGUGACUCCCACUCGUGUGUAUCUCAGCUGGCUCAUGCUGUGUUUCAAAUGUCUGAUAGCAAAACUGUAAAGAAUUUGCUAAGAAUGUUCUGAAGAUAUCCUGAUGGAGAAUGCUAUAAACAUAGGCAAAACACAAAACGACAAGAGAAACAUUUUUUUGAGAAGUGUUAUUUUAAAGAGCAAACUGUGUGGCGGAGUUAAUGGGAACUCAGUUCAAUUUUUAUGCAUUUUUAAAAGUGCAAUAUUUUUUUCCCUAAAGAAAUGAUAUAAUGUUUUACAGAAUCAGAGACUGAUGAGAAUCUAGGCAAAAGAGGGAGGUAUGGAGACAUGGAGGUGGCACUGUAUAGAAGGGAAUGUUCUAUAUGCAUUACAUCAGGGAGCUAAGAAAGUCUUAAAGCUCCCGACAAUGUAGAAAACACUGAAUGUAUUGUAUUUAUUUUAUAGUAUUUAUGUAUUUCAUGAUUUCGUUUGAGUGAAAGCAGACUGUGUAGCCAUGAACAGAGUUCAUUCCUAUGUUCAGAUUAAAAAGGGCUCUUUGUAUUUGGUCUUGCCCUAAGACCCACUCUAUCAUCACUGAGUACUUAGAUAAGUGCAAUGUGCUGCAGACCAAAAAGAUUAUGUUCUAAAGCAAUCACAAGAGGUUUUAGUUGCUUCUGUUCAAUAACAUUUGCAUAGAGCUGGCAAACUCGCCUUGCCAAAAGGGUAUUCUUUACCUCCACAGACAGUGAAAUUGUCUCAAUUUCACUCCUGCCAGCAAGCAAAGCUGGAAAAAU